AUGAAGGAGAAGUCCAAGAAUGCGGCGAAAACCAGGAGGGAGAAAGAAAAUGGCGAGUUUUACGAGCUGGCCAAACUGCUCCCGCUGCCGUCGGCCAUCACCUCCCAGCUGGACAAAGCGUCCAUCAUCCGACUUACCACGAGCUACCUGAAGAUGCGCGCCGUCUUCCCCGAAGGUUUAGGAGACGCGUGGGGACAGCCGAGCCGAACAGGGCCCCUGGACAGCGUCGCCAAGGAGCUGGGAUCGCAUUUGCUGCAGACUUUGGAUGGAUUUGUUUUUGUGGUAGCAUCUGACGGCAAAAUCAUGUAUAUAUCUGAGACAGCUUCUGUGCACUUAGGCUUGUCCCAGGUGGAGCUUACAGGCAACAGUAUUUAUGAGUACAUCCAUCCUUCUGACCACGAUGAGAUGACGGCUGUCCUAACGGCUCACCCACCACUGCACCAUCACCUGCUCCAAGAGUACGAGAUAGAGAGGUCUUUCUUUCUUCGAAUGAAGUGCGUCUUGGCGAAGAGAAAUGCAGGCCUGACGUGCAGUGGAUACAAGGUCAUCCACUGCAGCGGCUACCUGAAGAUCAGGCAGUAUAUGCUGGACAUGUCCCUGUAUGACUCCUGUUACCAGAUCGUGGGGCUGGUGGCCGUGGGCCAGUCUCUGCCACCCAGUGCCAUCACAGAGAUCAAACUGCACAGUAACAUGUUUAUGUUUAGGGCCAGCCUUGACCUCAAGCUGAUCUUCCUGGAUUCCAGGGUGACCGAGCUGACUGGCUACGAGCCGCAGGACCUGAUCGAGAAGACGCUGUACCAUCACGUGCACGGCUGCGACGCCUUCCACCUCCGCUACGCGCACCACCUGCUGCUGGUGAAGGGCCAGGUCACCACCAAGUACUACCGGCUGCUGUCCAAGCUGGGCGGCUGGGUGUGGGUGCAGAGCUACGCCACGGUCGUGCACAACAGCCGCUCGUCCCGGCCCCACUGCAUCGUGAGUGUCAAUUAUGUUCUCACGGAUAUUGAAUACAAGGAACUUCAGCUGUCGUUGGACCAGGUCUCCACUUCCAAGUCCCAUGACUCCUGGAGGACCGCCUUGUCUACCUCACAAGAAACUAGGAAAUUAGCUAAACCCAAAAACACAAAGAUGAAGACAAAGCUGAGAACAAAUCCUUAUCCCCCACAGCAAUACAGCCCGUUCCAAAUGGAGAAACUGGAAGGCAGCCAGCUGGGAAACUGGAGAGCCAGUCCUCCUGCAAAUGUGCCCCCGGAACAGCAGCUCCAUUCAGAAGGCAGCGACCUUCUGUACACACCGUCCUACAGCCUGCCCUUCUCCUACCAUUAUGGACACUUCCCUCUGGACUCUUCUGUCUUCAGCAGCAAAAAGCCAAUGUUGCCGGCCAAGUUCGGGCAGCCCCAAGGACCCCCGUGUGAGGUGGCACGCUUUUUCCUGAGCACACUGCCAGCCAGUGGCGAGUGCCAGUGGCACUAUGCCAGCCCCCUUGUGCCUAGCAGCCCAUCUCCAGCUAAAAACCAUUCUGAGCCAUCCAUGAAUGCUGCCCGGCACAGCCUUGUGCCAAACUACGAAGCUCCGGCCGCCGCCGCGCGCAGGUUCGGUGAGGACACCGCGCCGCCACCGCCGAGCUUCCCGAGCUGCGGCCACUACCGCGAGGAGCCCGCGCUGGGUCCGGCCAAGGCCGCGCGCCAGGCCGCCCGAGACGCGACGCGGCUGUCGCUGGCGCGCGCGGCGCCCGAGUGCUGCGCGCCCCCGGCCCCCGAGCCCCCGGGCGCGCCCGCGCAGCUGCCCUUCGUGCUGCUCAACUACCACCGCGUGCUGGCGCGCCGCGGGCCUGGGGGCGCUGCACCCACCGCGCCCGGCCUCGCCUGCGGCCCCGGGGUCCCCGAACCUGCGGCCGGAGCGCUGCGACCCCGGCCCCCCGGCCCCGCCGCCGCCUCCCCGCCCGGCGCGCCCCGGCCGCACUACCUGGGCGCCUCGGUCAUCAUCACCAACGGCAGGUGACCCGGAAGGACCGAUCCCGCUCGGCGCAGGUGGCCCGCAAGGGAGAAGCCAUAAGGCCAGGCCUUCUCUGCUUCCUGUUUUACAAAGUCCAGCAGAUUAAGAGGGGCGAG